AUGUCAGACAACAACGCCCACAUCAACGUCAUGAUCCGGGGCCAGGACGGCUCAUUGAAUCACUUCAAGGUCAAGCGGACCACAAAGUUCCACAAGCUGAAGCGCGGCUACGCCCAGUACCGGAGGAUCGACGUCGCUUCGGUCCGUCUGUACUUUGACGGCCAACCUCUUCUCGACAUGUUCACACCCAACGAUGUGCCUGAUCUGGACGACAAUGCUGUCAUCGACCACUUUGUCGAGCAAGUUGGUGGCAGGAGUGUCCUUGCCGACGCGACCAAGACGUGGGUCGGCACACCGCUUCUCUAA